AAGAAAUAUCCUUUCAGGUUUCUGAGAUGGAGUGUCUGGUUUUUAUUUUAUCGUGCUUUUUUUAAACGCGUUCAUAAAUGUGUAAUGGAUAACUGAUUUCAACAAAAGACAAAUGCUUUGUUGAAAAGUAGUUAUAAGGUCUUCUGCGCAUGCUCAGAAGAUGCUAAUGUACGUGUGACAAAAAAGCUUUUAGGCCAAUUGUACACAAGAAUUAGAGAGUUAUAUGCCAUCAUUUGUUCGUUUGAAUAGCCACUUCACGCUUAUUAGAUGUACAAACAAGGUAGCCGCUAAUGUGUUUAUCAAAAAGUUAUCAAACCAACAUACUUUUCGGCAGGCAAUCCCUGGAAAAGAAAAAGCUCUUUUUUUGGAAACUUUUUCUGAGAUACGGGUUGGAAACGGGCUUGAAAACUAUGUAGCGAAAAGGGUCUCUAUAAACAGCCUAAACACAAAACGUGAUUGGGGACGUCAUCAUUAGUAGAUUUUUUAGCAGAAUAAUAUCUUAGAGAGGUGAAGAUUUCUCGUGUUGGGCGAGUAUGCACGUCGUCAAACGCAAACAGUUCAUGUGCAAGGACGCCAUGAGAGUGCAGAAAUCAACACAGGUUCGUCUGGAUGAGAUUAAUUACCGAAUAGACAAAGACAAACGAAGGAUUGUACAGCUAAAUAACUUUGAGCGAAUCCGGGUUUGUAACGAACUAAGGGAAAUAAGGCGAGUGUUUGUACCGAGUUACAUCCCAGGAAAUACAAGCGAAGCUCAACGAACGAACAACAAGCUUCUGACUUUUAAUAAACAACGGCUACCUCACGAGAACAAAGAGGCAAUCGGUGCUCAAGAUAAAGGCAGGGAAAGCUCCUCGCCAGUUUCUUUGCCUCUACGGAAACUUUCUUCAAACCUGUCAAUGCAUGAUGGUCCAAAAGUCAUGAAAAAUCAGACAGACAGCUUCGAGGAUACGACAAUCUCUUUGAUUGGCUCAAAGUCAGGCACGACUCUUUUUCAAAGUCCUCAAGCUUAUGAAACUAGGGAUUCCUCAACAAUACUGCAGCCGCAAAAUAGUACGACAAUUAUGAAACAGAAGUUUUCUAACGAGACGGAGGUGAAGACAAAAGAGGGAGAAAAGAGUCGUAGUAUUUCAUCGGCAAGCCGCUGCGUACAGACACCAAAAGGGCCAAUCGUAUCGGACACGAUGGCAUCGGUCACCACAGGCUACAUGGCGUUCAAAAAACUACUCAAAAAUAAGAGAGAAAACAUAGUAAGGGAUUCGUACGUCAGCCCUCGAUACAGGAGGGGUAGUUGUGAUGAAGGAAUCGAAGCAAACUCCAUGGGUUUUCUACCCAUUCAAAAACCACAAGCUUCUAAAGAAGGACAAUUGGAGGUCAAUAUGGACGAGCGCGCCGAUUACUGUGACCGGACCAAGACACUAGCAGCUAAAAUGUGCCAAACAAGUCUCAACAAAAAAUAGUGGAGAGAAAACUCACUCAGAUAUCCCAAGAACAGAGCUACCGCCGAGACCGGUGCAUCCUGGGAAUUAGUCUAAAACGCGACUAAGGACUUCUGGGAAUGCAAAAGCUCAGUCCCCUUCUCGACUCAAGGAGACCGGGAAAGGGGUAAUGAAGGCGACCAAGGUAACUGGGAACUCAUCAAAUUCCCGGCGAUCAGUGCGCACUGUUGAAACCGAACUAAUGCAUUCUGGGAAUUCAGCAUUGGGUGAUGGGAAGGGCAAGGUGUAUGAUGGGAUGGCAAAGACCAAAUUUUUAGAAAAACGGGAAAGAUUGAUAACCCCGUUUAUGACGAUGGCUGGCGCGGAAACAGAUGAUGAGAAUAUCUCUGUUUUUGGUGAGAGGUCAGUCAGUUCAGUGAAAUGUUGACCACAGGGUUACCAUGAGCUGCAGGAAGAGUGACUGUAGAGCAAAAGAAAAAAUCCCACUUUACACACUUCAUGACUGAAAAAGCAUCAGAUUAAACUAACUGCUUGUGUUUCAACUUCUCCGCCAAUCAAAUUCAAGCCGCAAGCCGGCAAGCUAGGAUCUAUGGGCCCGGGAAAUGUUGAAUUACGAGGUUGUUAAUUGCGCGUGGCAGAUACUGAUCUACUUUAGACGGAAAUUACUAAAUGGAAAGCUUGGAUUUUGAUAGUUAAGAGGCACGGGAACCUUUAGACAAUUAUAAACAGACAACAAAACCUGCUCAAUCGAGCACUCAGUUUUUUACCGUUUGCUUUUUGAUUUAUUGACACAAAUGAAGGGAGACAGUUGAAUACAGUUUGCAAAUAAGAACAGACCCAAAAAUUCAGAAAAUUUUUCUCUUCUAUUUAAAUGCCUUUUUGGUGCCUUUAAAAUAUACACAUAUCUACAAAUAUUUAUAAUAAAUAUCAUAUGUACUACACAAAUUGCAAAAUACUUGAUUUUGAUUCUCAGCAAAUAUGUCCUAAAAGGGAAAUUAAAAAUCUAAGUACCUUUUAAACUGUCAACAUAGCUGGCAUUUACAUUGUCAAUAAAACUCAGCAUUCGAAAAAAAAAAACAAGAAAAAACUCUUUGAUUUGUGCGCGCGCAACAAUUUUACUUUAAAAAAUCGCAAUGAAUAUGGGUCUCAAGAAACAACGAAGAAAAGGUCAUGCUCUUCGUCAUGGUUUGACAGAAUGGACUAUUUAUACUACUAAAGAGUUUACUGCGUGAUAUCUGCGCUAUGCGAAUACCGCCGCCGGCGACUCAUAUUUCGUUGACCUUUUUGUUAUCACGCCAACUAAAGACGCGUGGAUUUAGAUUUGAUUCCGCUCGAUAAAUUAUCAUCUAGUCUGUUAGAAACUGGAAACUGUCUACAAGAGUUCACCAAGUCCAGAUAUUGGUUGAUGACGUGUGUUGUGUGGUGUUUGGUUUAGCAGAUAAGCUGGUGCUUUAUAACAACAAAAGACGCAUAUGACAGAUGAAGGUGUUAGUGCUGCUUCAACUGUACACAGAGAAACGUAGAAACCGACUACGCCGCGAAGGAUCGUCUAGUUGCUAAAGAAAGAGUCGGGACUUUUGAGAUGAUCUUGGAUUCGAAGGCUUAUGGCUAAACAAGCUUUCAGCGGUGAUGAGAGGGAAAAACCGAGGCGUAAUUUUGACAAAAAUGCUAGCAACAUGAGAGAGAAGUCACAGGAUCUAGACGGUGGUCGCACCGGACUAAGCGAGAAGAGUUUCGCAGAAUUAGCCAAAGAAUCGAGUAUUUUACCCGACAUAAAAAACUCUUUGCCAAUAUCCAUGAAGCAGAUUCUACAAAGCUCUCCUAAAUCCACUAGUUGGACACCCAGCUUGCCGACAAUCCCAGCGGGGCAAGUACAGCUUGUGCACAGAACGGCAAGCGCGGAGCGCAAGGGAAAGAGACGUCAUAAACGCAACAAAAACAAACACUUUCAUGGGCCGCAGCAUGCGGCAACUCAUGACCUGAGUGGAGAAUGCAACGAGGCUAACAUACAAGCAUCUUGGAAGAAGAAAAUACACAAAAGGAUAAACAAGAGGAUUAUCGGAGAAGCGGAUAAUAAUAUAAGCAUGUCGCGAGACUAUAGACUGCCUACCCUGCAAGAAGUACCUAAAUGACGACCGGAGUCUGUAUUUAUUGCGUUUUUAUCAACGAAUAUGUGCAAUACUUGUACAAUAGCGCUAAACUGAAUGAAAACGGGUCGGCGGGGAGCCCGGGAGGCAUACUGUUCAUAGUGAUUAUUGCGUCUCUGACAAGUUUCUUUCCUUUCCCUCGGGCUUCGGGUCCAAAGCGAGGGGAUAUAGCACAGCAGAAAAAAAAAAAAGCAUUUAAUUAACCGUUAGUCCACAUACGGGAUAUCACUUAGUCUAGUGUAGAUAAAUGGAGAAUAUAAUUGCCCAAACUUGCGGAUUAAAGAUUAUAUCAAAUUUCAUGAAAGGGAUUUUUAGCGUGUACAUGGCGAAAAGGAAUCGAAAUUGAGGUUUUGUAUCUAGGGAACGGUUAUGUUUAUAAUUUUGGUGCGUUUGUUAAUUUGUUUAUUAAAAAAACGCAAAAUGAAAAUAAUUUAUGUUGACAGUAUAAUGGGAAUUGAUUUUAUGGGUUUUAGCAGCGGGCUUGUUGAUAUUUCAGUGAAUAGAAUAAGAUUUCGGCUCACGGAUUGUCUGGCAAGUAGCUAAAAACUAUAUAAAUAAUCUAUAAGCUUUUCUGGUAAAAAAAAUCGAUAACAAUCCAAGGGGUAUAGGUUCUUAUUAAAUAAUGUUCUAAUGUAUAUUUUUGUCUAUAACCAUCUUCGCGGUAAACUAAAUAAAUAGAACACUAAGUUGGGCAGUUUAAACUCACUGGUAAAAGUCAAGAUAAGUGAUCCCUUAGGCAAGACUGCAGGGGCAAAGCCUGUACCUAGAGGGGGGAGGUGCGCUCGCACCCCUCAAGAAAGCGAAAGGUCCACUUGUGAGACGCAAUAAAACUACCGAAGUCAUAACAUAAAAGAGCUCUCUCAUUUUGUUCAGAAAGCCCAUAAGGAUGCCGGACUUCGAGUUCUGAGAGGGUAAAAUACUCAAUUUUGUUUAUUACUGAAAUUUCUCUUAUGUUCAUAAUUUGGCAAUGAACUCACAAUGAACCGCUAGUGUACCAACUGUAAAUGAAAUAAUGGUUGUAAAUUUAAUAAAUGUACAGCGAUGAAUUCAUUAUUUACCCUACGAAUAUUAUAGGUUAGUAGGAGUAUUAUAGGCUUGAGAUAAGAGAGCAAGAAUGUGACUUUGAAGACAUUCAGACCAUGUUUUUUUUAAUGUGAACUUUGGAAUUUCAAAUAAAUAAGCUAGGGAAAAGAG